AUGAAUCUAACGGGUUUAUUAAAUUUCGAAUCGGUGGCUGUAAAAGGAGCACAAACUCAAUCUAUUGCACUAAAUGCAUUCGUGGCCAAUUCAAUUAAGGUUGUGGUUGAGGAAUUUUUCUUAAAAAUGGCGCCAUCAUUUAUAAUUGUUGUGUCGUGUCGUCGCAAGAGUCCAUUCAAUUUUUAUCUGAAUGUCAUGCAACAUCUAUUCAAUAUGGUGGAUAAUAUGAUUGUACAGUUGGUAGUUGUUGAUUAUGAAAAACCUGUACGAAUCGAGGGACCCAGAUUAUUUAAUUUGUUAUUGGUGGAUUCUUAUGAAGCAUUUUUAGACAUAGAUGUAGUUUCUUAUACCCACGAUUACGACACCAAUGAAUACUAUCACAUUUUCCUAAUGCAACGUGAUCGUACUAUCUAUAAUGAUAUGCGGGGUAUUUUUGCAUAUUGCUGGGCCAAUCACAUUGUGAAUUGUAAUAUACAAUUACAAAAUGCCCGUGGAGAAGUUUAUAUGUUUACAUAUUUUCCAUUUAUUCAAAAUAAAUGUGACAAUACCGAACCACAAAUGAUCAAUAGCUUUGUCGAUGAUUCUUGGGCAAAUAAAACUUAUUUUCAUCCAAAGUUAACGAAUUUUUAUGGUUGUCCUCUGGUGGCCGCAGUGCGUGACAUAGCCCCCUAUGUAUACAUAAAUGGAGCUGUAAAUGGUGUUAUGUCUUAUAAGGGAUUCGAGAUGGAUUUGAUGCAACAUUUGGCAAAAAAAAUGAAUUUUUCACUGGAUAUACGUAGAAAAAUUCAUGAUGAUCGUUUAGCUCCGAUUGGAAAUGGUGCUAUGAAAAUGCUCACUGAGCGUACUGCUGAUAUUGUAUUUGGUUUCUAUCGUAAACGUAAUUCCAUAAAUACGCAGUACAGCGCUACAUUUCCGCACUAUCAAAACAAUAUUGUAACAGUUAUCUACCUGCCGGCUCACAAAUUGAACACUUUUGAAGUAUUGUCAUAUCCUUUUCCAAAUUGCGCCUGGUCUGCUAUAGCCGUAACUGUGACCAUUGUCAUUGUAAUUUGCCGUUGGAUGCGUAUAAAAUAUCCUGAGUCGAUACCAACAUUUUCAAUGAUUGCCUGUGCAUUGGGUUCUCCCAUUAACCGGGACCCCAAAUUACCACAUUCUGUUCUAAUAUUUACAUCUUGGUUAUGGUAUACCUUCCUAAUACGCACAAUUUAUUCUGGUCUAUUGUUCUAUUUAUUUCGAAAUGUUGUCCAUACCGAUCUACCGCGAACUUUGGAGGAAGCGGGUAAUGAAAGUUAUCGUGGGGUUAUGAAUCUGUUUACUUUUAACGACAUCAAACAUUUCUAUAAACGCUCAAAUCAUUCUAGCAUUGUGCUCAAUUCGGAGGAUGAGUUUAUAGCUUUAAAGCAUAUAGAGAAGAACAUCAAAGAAAAUAUGUAUGCAAUUGUUUCCCAAGAGUUUCUCAUCUACUAUACGAGGACCUAUCAAAAGCCUGGCUUGUUUCAUGUUGUACCCGAGAUUAUAAUGCAACAACAAUUGUGCAUUUAUUUGGCCAAACAUUCGUUUCUUAUCACAAAAUUCGAUGAGGACAUGAACAUACGUGCUGUGGGUUUGAUUCAGUUUUGGGCAAAACACUAUAUAAAUUCGAAGUAUUUAACAAGUAAGCAUAUGUAUCAAGACGCCAAGAUUGAACAGGAUGAUUUAUGGGGAAUCUAUAUGAUUUGUAGUGUGUGUUAUUUAAUAGCAAUACUGAUAUUUUUAUUGGAACUCUUAUCGCUCAAGUUGAGAGGAUUAAGAAGAUUAUUUCAAUGA